AUGUCGGGCGUUUGGGUUUUCGACAACGGGGUGAUCCGGCUGGCGGAGGGCGGCGGAGGCAGCAGAAACCGGGGGCGGAAUGUUCUAAUUUACACGGCGACGAACGAGGCGAUGACGACAUUGACGGUACUUAAGAACAAGCUGUUGAGUUUGGGAUGGGAAAUUUACUACGAAGAUGCAGAGAUUGUGCAGUUUCAUAAGCCUUCUUCUGUGGACCUUAUUUCCCUUCCCACCGACUUCAACAAGGUCAAGGCUAGACACUUAUACGACGUCGUUGUCAGGAAUCGUAAUCUUUUUCAUGUUAAGGACAUGCAGUCCCAGUGACUGUAGGACCCUCUCUCCCUCCCAAUCACACGACGUCGUUUUCUAUCAUCUCUCUCUCUCUUCGGUUGUGUUUUUUUUUUU